UUUUUUGCGAGGCAGAGUGAUUUGAUUGACUUUCCUGAACUAGGGGAUUUAAGUAUGGAUUCGUUGAUUGAUGUCUUGCCUGCGGGCUUUGUGAGGGAUGCUAGGGAUUUAGCGCAAGGAGAGAGGGAUGCUGUGAAUUACGAUUCUUUCUCGGUGGGGUUGAACCUAUUGUCGCAAGGCGUGAGGGCCAAUCAUCCUGUUAUUAUGGUCCCGGGCGUUAUUUCGACGGGGUUGGAGUCUUGGGGAACAACGAAUAGCUCGAGGCAGUAUUUCAGGAAACGGUUAUGGGGGAGUUGGAGUAUGAUGAGGGCGUUGGUGUUGGAUAAGGAGGGGUGGAAGAGGCAUAUUAUGCUCGAUAAAUAUACGGGUUUGGAUCCGCCGGGUGGGAUCAAGUUGCGUGCUGCUCAGGGCUUCGAUGCGGCGGACUUUUUCAUUACUGGAUACUGGAUUUGGAACAAAAUCCUCGAGAAUCUGGCAACGAUUGGUUAUGAUCCCACGAAUUCGUACACGGCGGCAUAUGAUUGGAGACUCUCAUAUGCGAAUCUCGAAGUGAGGGAUCAGUACUUUACGAGGUUGAAGAUGUAUAUCGAGAUGGGUGUCAAGACGUCGAAUAAGAAAGUGGUGAUGGUCAGCCAUUCCAUGGGAAGCCAGGUGCUAUUCUACUUCUUUCACUGGGUCGCCGCUGAAAGUGGAGGCCAAGGAGGUGAUAGCUGGGUCGAUGACCAUAUUGAUUCUUGGAUCAAUAUCAGUGGAUGCAUGCUGGGAGCUCUGAAAGGUCUCCCAGCUGUCCUGUCAGGUGAAAUGAAAGACACAGCACAGCUAAAUGCUUUUGCCGUCUACGGACUGGAAAAGUUCUUGAGCAGAGAAGAAAGAGCGGAGCUUUUCCGAGCCAUGCCAGGCAUUAGCUCUAUGCUUCCCAUUGGUGGUAAUGCAGUCUGGGGAAACUCGACUUGGGCGCCAGAUGAUCUUCCGGGUCAGAACGUCACUUAUGGGAACUUUUUGAAUUUCAAGCAAAUGAAUGGGACGAAAGAGUACAGGAACCUGACUGUCGAGGACAGUCUUUCGUAUCUGAUGGAUACUACGGAGCAGUGGUAUCAAGAUCAAGUCCAUGGCAGUUAUUCCCAUGGAGUUGCGCAUACAACUGCGGAAGUGGAGGCAAACGAGAAGGAUCCGAGGAAAUGGGUUAAUCCGCUAGAAACGAGACUACCUCUUGCGCCGAAUCUGAAAAUAUAUUGCUUCUAUGGAAUCGGGAAACCGACAGAACGAUCUUAUUAUUACCGUAAUCCCGAGAAUCCUCUCACGUCACUCAACAUCACAAUCGAUACAGGUCUGACUAAAGACAACAUCGACCACGGUGUGAUUCUCGGCGAAGGCGACGGCACUGUCAACUUGCUCUCUGUCGGUUACAUGUGUAACAAAGGUUGGAACAUGCAUCGAUACAAUCCAGCUGGUGUCAAGAUCAAGGUCUACGAGAUGCCACACGAGCCUGAUAGAUUCAGUCCCCGAGGUGGUCCGAACACAGGUGACCAUGUUGAUAUCCUCGGACGACAAAGCUUGAAUGACUUGAUCCUCAGAGUUGUAGGAGGCAAAGGAGAUGGGAUUGGAGAGAAUGUUGUGAGUGAGAUAAGGACGUAUGCGGAUAGGGUCAAAAUUUACGAAGAGGAUGAGUAUGCCUUAUAAUGUUAGCGAAACAGGAGGCGUUGCAUUGUUGGUGUCUGGGACGGAGUAACGCGGAUGAAAGGAUGGAUGGGCGAAGACUGAAUGAUAGAUUUAUACCCAUGCGCAGCAGGAUUGCGUGUAUAGAGAGAGAUACCUAAUGAAUAAUACCCAUACCAAA